AUGAGCCGCACGAUUUCGCCUCCGCACGCGGAGCAUCCUUCCAUCGCGGCGGACUAUCCAUACCCUUGGGUCGUCUUCGAGCGUCCGACGUCCGAGAUACACGUGCUCGGAGUGAAUCACACGGAUCCUGGAAGCGCGGUCGCGGCGCAGGAGUUGAUCUUACGCGAGAAGCCUGACGUCGUCGUCGUCGAGCUGGACCUGAAGCGCUUCGAAAUGAUGAUGUUCGUGGAAUCCAUGGAUAGUGAAGACGUACGACGCAUGUGGAGCUACGUGGACAACAAAGCAGGCAGCACCUCAGGCGCGUUUAAGUCGUUCUCGAAGGCGUUACUCACGAGUGAUAGCCCCUUCGAUCUACUGAUGCAUCUGCUCAUGAGUCUGGCGUUCAAUGCGAUCCGGAUCAAACUAGCGAUCGCCGGAGGAGGCGCCGUGGUUGACGGAGAAGAGUUCGUAGCGGCAGUCCGAGCGGCGCUCGAAGUCGGCGCCGACGUCCACCUGGGCGACCGCGACAUAAGUACCACCGUGAGCAGGUUCUUGGCGCGGUUCGAGAGAGGCAGCGUCCUUCACGACAAAGUCGUCGCCGACGCGAGAGCGCUGGCGAAGGAGCAAGGGAAAUCGUUGCCCUCGUCGGGGUUCUGGUUCUGGUUCGAUCCGCGAGAGUGGCUCGCGACAGCCGCGAAAGUCUUUGCCGUAGGUCCAACCGCCGCGUACGAUUCGAUUCGGAAAGCUUUAUACGAUGGGUACGUAGAGUUCGUAUCAGAGGAGUCUGGAUUCACCCGCGAAGAAGCCCAGGGCGUGUGCGACGCCUUUGCGAAAGCGUGGAAAGGGUCGGACAUCACCGUGGAUGAAUACGUUAUUCUUCACCGGUUCAAUCGCGCGGUCGACAAUAAUGUCAUUGCGCUAUGCUGCUCCGAUGAUACGAACGAGGAGAAAGCCUUACCGUACACAGAAUGGGACGACGAUCUGGGCGUCCACACGAUACUUGAAGAGCGCGACCAGAUACUCGCGCACUCGAUUGACCUCGCCGCACAGGACAUUAGGGGUCACAGAAAGGUGGUCGCGAUAGUCGGUGCCGCUCACGUUCCAGGCAUUAAACGCUGGUGGGAUCAUAUGUAUCACGCUCCCGACGAAUCGACUUUUGAAGCUCGUAUGACCGAAUCGUGCAGGAGAGUCGACGACUACGUGCAACCCGUGCCGCUUGACGUCAAGCCGGCAGCCGGGGCGAUCGAGCACGUCGGCCCUGUCGCCGUCGCCGGCGCCUUGCUCUUCGGCGGCGCGCGUUCGCUCGGCGUUCGCCCUCGCACCGUCGCCGCGGGUGUUGGAGCGACCGCCGCUGUCGUCGCGGGCGUCGGCGCGAUGGGCGUGCAUUACCUCGUGAACGGUCUGCAACGAGCCGUUCACGUCACCGAGCGCGCAGCGGAAAAAGCGCGAGAGUCGAACGCGAUUCCCCCAAGGGCGACUCACGCGCAGAGCUUGAUCGAAAUCAUCAAGGCGCAGCAGGAGGCACCAGGUCGUUCGCCUUUUACAAAAGGUGUUCUAUCUAGUGAAGUCCCUGAGGGUCAACGUCCGCUACAAAGUAAGGGGUUUUACGGGGACCCCGAGGGCGCCGCCGCGCCGCCGCCGCCGCUGCCUCGACCGAAGGGACCCGGAGAGAGCUUCAAGAGCCCUGCCGCGCCUUUGGAAGCGCCCAUCGUCUCCAAAUUCAAAUCCAUGCUGCCGAAGUGAUGAUGAAUCCUAGAGUAGUCUAUCUUAUCGUACUGUAACCAUUCACGGAGGUAUAUC